GCUUCGAUAUACACCGCCGCAUAGCCAGUCGAGAGCCGUGCCUCCGAGCGACGCCCGCUUCGUCGCUCCCUCGCGAAUAUAUACACAAACUCUAUACAAUAAUAGCGAACAUAAAGCAACUUCGAUGUUGUUAUCAUUUUACCAUUUCGCAUAAGAACGUGCUAUUUUUUUAAACCUAGCUUUGGGUUAACGCCGUCUUUGUUUUGUGAAAACACCUGUUCAAUGAUAUGAUGCCCUUAUGGCCAAGUUUACACCUCGAUAAUUUAUUAAUUAGUGUUAAUAGUGUUGUUUGAUGAGUAGACAAAGGGAUCUCGUAACUUACCACUUGUGUUUAUAGUUGUAUCAUCGCUUCUGUCGUCGUUUGGUAUUGUAAUAUGAUACUACAGAGACAUAAACAUACAUACAAUUUAUAAAAAGUUGAUACAAUAUCUACCCUUAAAAUUAUCUUCAUGUAGUAUAAUGAUGUUAAUUGACGUAUUUUUCACCGCCAUAGCUAAGUUUGAAUAGUUUAAACAGAGAUGGGCGGUUUAAGACAAAGUGUUCUAUUUCCAUCAAACAACAAAAAAACUUAUGAUUUUAUUUGAUAAUUAAUAGCGUCAUAAAUCGCAUUAAUUUUCAUAAAAGCUUUUAAGAAAAUUAGUAUAUAAUUGAAUACGGGUAAAUUAACUCGAUGAACAAACAUGCGAUUAUCUCAUACGUCAACAAAAACCUAUAGAGUUGAUAAUGAAAACAAUUUACUAAUAAACCAUCCUAAUUCAAGAUUUAAUAGCUGUAGUGAGAAAUAUUGUAGAGCGCGGAAUGUCAACUUUAUUGUAAUGUUACUAUGAAGAAAUAAUCUUUUUUUCACAAUCGAACAGAAUGUAACAAGUAUUUAUGUGUUUAAGUGACGUUAUAGUUCUCUAAAUCAAGCACGCGGUUAUCGCACCUUUAACUAUGAAUGUAUUCGCCAGAAUUUGGCGUUUGUCACAACUUCCGCCCGUUGCCUAAUUUAAAUACCAUAAAUAAAUAACCGCUAUAUGCAUAAUUAAGUGAAAUGUAGGUCGGACGAGUACCGAGAAUAAAUUUAGCCUUUCUAGACUCCCUUUAAAAUGGUCGACACAUUAUCAAACCAUUACAAAAGUAUAACAAUGAGGGUAUUUACAACACAUAAUUACGCAAUAUUUGUUUGAUUAAUUAGCUAUGUUCCUUUUAGGAUUAUUAACUGUGUCUUCAUUUUUAUUAUAAUAUUAUUGUAUCCAAUUGUUGAUGGUGGAAAUUAAUAAGUAAAUAUACUAUUAAAGGCACGAAAAAGCGAGCGUACCAUAUCAAGACAUAUUCACCUAGAUCUCAACCAUAUUUCCGGUGCACAGCGGCGGAUGGUAAAAUGAGUGUUUCGCUUGUCAUUGCAACUAAAAUGUAAUCAACAACUGAAAACGAAGACAGUAUGGCAGCCGUUAGUAGAUACAGUUCUUACAAUUGCCUAACCGGCUGGGAUAGUUACGAUAAGAUACCCAGAGUUCGAGUGGAGUACUAUGUAAAUGAGAACACAUUUAAAGAAAGACUGCAACUAUAUUUUAUAAAGAAUCAGCGUUCGAGUUUACGCAUUAGAAUAGCGAACUUAUUUUUCAAACUUUUGACUUGCGUUUUGUAUAUAUGCCGCGUUUGUGCUGAUGGGGAACCCAUUUCUGCGUCCUGUUAUGGCUGCAAGCCGGGAAAUAAGACUGAAUUUGAAUAUUCGGCUAACUUAACAGAAGAGGAAUUUCAAGAACACCCGAUAAUCAAUUGGGACGGGAUAAUAUGGGUCAACAGACCUUUAUAUUUAUGGAUUGUACAAGUGAUACUGGCCAUGAUAUCUUUUACGGAAGCUAUACUUCUAGCCUAUCUAGGCUAUAAGGGAAAUAUAUGGCAGCAAGUUUUGUCUUUCCACUUUGUACUGGAAAUGGUGAAUACAAUCCCAUUUGCCUUGACUUUGCCAUUUCCACCUCUACGAAAUCUAUUUAUACCGGUAUUCCUGAAUUGUUGGUUGGCCAAAAGAUCCCUGGAGAACAUGUUUAAUGACCUUCACCGCGCCAUGCAGAAGUCUCAAUCGGCUCUGUCACAGCAACUAAUGAUAUUGUGCGUUACGUUACUUUGUCUCGUCUUCACCAGUGUGUGCGGCAUACAACACUUCCAACGAGCUGGCCACAGACACCUCAAUCUUUUCCAAGCGACUUAUUUCGUCGUGGUGACAUUUUCAACAGUAGGUUACGGAGAUUUCGUUCCGGACAUAUGGCCAUCGCAACUUUUUAUGGUGAUAAUGAUAGGAGUUGCGCUUGUUGUGUUACCUACGCAGUUUGAACAGCUGGCAUUUACUUGGAUGGAAAGGCAGAAACUGGGUGGUUCUUAUUCCUCACAUCGUGCACAAUCCGAAAAGCAUGUUGUAGUUUGUUCAACAACACUCCAUGCCGACACGAUUAUGGAUUUCCUGAAUGAAUUUUACGCUCACCCUUUGCUGCAAGAUUAUUACGUUGUACUUCUGUCGCCAAUGGAACUUGAUACAACAAUGAGAAUGAUUUUACAGGUACCAAUAUGGGCUCAGAGAGUUAUCUAUAUCCAAGGGUCGUGCUUAAAAGACACUGAUUUAAUCAGGGCUCGAAUGAAUGAAGCAGAAGCAUGUUUUAUACUAGCUGCCAGGAACUAUGCUGAUAAAACCGCUGCCGACGAGCAUACCAUUUUAAGGUCAUGGGCUGUGAAAGAUUUUGCACCAGCUGUGCCACAAUAUGUCCAAAUAUUUAGACCCGAAAAUAAGCUGCAUGUGAAAUUUGCUGAAUUCGUGGUCUGUGAAGACGAAUUUAAAUAUGCAUUGUUAGCAAAUAACUGCACCUGCCCCGGCGCAUCGACACUGGUGACUUUACUUCUACAUACCAGUCGCGGACAGGAGGGACAACAAUCACCCGAAGAAUGGCACCGCCUAUACGGAAAGUGCUCGGGAAACGAAAUAUAUCACAUCGUUCUAGGCGACAGUCGUUUCUUUGGGGAGUACGAAGGCAAAAGCUUUACUUAUGCAAGUUUCCAUUCCCACAGAAAGUACGGAGUGGCAUUAGUUGGUGUGCGUCCAGCCGAAUUACCCGAAUUUUACGAGGAAACAAUCCUCCUGAAUCCUGGGCCCAGGCAUAUCAUGAAAAACAGCGACACAUGUUAUUAUAUGAGCAUAACCAAAGAAGAAAACUCGGCUUUUGUCGUUUCCGAGAAACAAACUGAGCACAAGCCGACAAUACCAAAGGAUCAAACAGCAUGUAGUCUUUUGUCGAAUGAGAAGAAAACAGGUGACGCGGAGGAGGGGCAGCAAAAAAAAACAGACGGUAGUAGCGUCGCUCAAUACGAUCUUCCACAAGUGAUUCUCCAAGCUCCCGCGAGUUCCACACCAAACGCAUCGCCAUUACGCAUCAACCAAGCUAAUACCGUUUCAUCCGCUAAUUUUACUGUCGCCUGCUCAAAAUACGGCGAAGGUACAUCGUCAGAUUCCAGGAUUUGUCUAAAAGAUUCACCGGGCACAGACAGUGCAACUGAUAGCCAUUUGUUGUUACCGAAACCUGACCACACCAAUUUCCUCAGCCCGGAUGCUUUAAACUAUCGACGAGGAAGCCGGCGACCUUCCAUUCUUCCUGUUCCUGACAUGGUAACUAGUAGCCUUAAUAUAACUCCUGAGAAUCAAGACGAAGAGGGGGAACCCGAUGAAAGCGAAGAUGAAUUAGAAGACGAUGUGCCAUGGAGGUCUCCUUCAGAAAAAAUAGCAAUUGUGAAGGGUUUUCCACCAGUGUCGCCCUUCAUCGGAGUCAGUCCGACGUUAUGCUACUUACUCAAGGAAAAGAAGCCAUUAUGCUGUCUACAACUAGCUCAGGUCUGCGAACAUUGCGCCUACAGGAAUGCCAAAGAAUACCAAUGGCAAAAUAAAACCAUAAUUCUCGCUGCCGACUACGCAUCUAAUGGAAUUUACAAUUUCAUCAUACCCUUGAGAGCCCAUUUUAGAUCUAAGACCUCUCUCAAUCCUAUUAUAUUGCUACUGGAGCGGCGGCCGGAUAUUGCAUUUUUAGAUGCCAUAUCGUAUUUCCCACUAGUAUACUGGAUGUUGGGAACUAUUGACUGCCUAGAUGAUCUAUUGAGGGCUGGAAUAACUUUAGCCGAAAACGUAGUUGUGGUAAAUAAAGAACUCUCAAACUCUGCUGAAGAAGACAGCCUUGCUGAUUGCAAUACUAUAGUCGCUGUACAAACUAUGUUCAAGUUCUUUCCAUCAAUCAAGUCCAUAACUGAACUAUCGCAAUCAUCCAACAUGCGUUUUAUGCAAUUUCGGGCGCACGACAAAUAUGCGUUACAUCUUUCAAAAAUGGAAAAGCGUGAAAAGGAACGCGGGUCUCACAUAUCAUACAUGUUUCGGCUGCCGUUUGCAGCUGGCUCUGUGUUCUCGGCUUCAAUGCUGGACACGUUGCUUUACCAGGCGUUUGUGAAAGAUUACGUCAUAACAUUUGUGCGUUUGUUACUGGGAGUGGAUCAAGCUCCUGGAUCAGGAUUUUUAACAUCGAUGAAAAUAACUAAAGAAGACAUGUGGAUCCGUACUUACGGUCGUCUGUAUCAAAAAUUAUGUUCAACCACUUGCGAAAUUCCGAUCGGAAUUUAUCGCACUCAGGAUACGACCCUUGCCGACGCAUCUCACCACGUGAGUAUGUCGCCAAGGAACCCGUCAAAAUGGUUUUGGUCACGCCUCGCGAGAAUGCGACCAUCGCGUGCAUCGCAGGAGGAAGGCGAAGGCGGAGAAUUUCCGGCGUGCGGGCGCCGGGAGGCUACCAGCUGCCUUGGUGGCUGCUACGGAGAACGCACGCCGGCGUAUUCCACAAGUCUCGCAGACGAAGCGCGGGAUAACCACGCACAACAAAUUGAGCGAGCAGAAAUUGCUAAUUUGGUUCGUUCACGGAUGGAAUCAUUAAAUCUCACCGGUGUUGAUUAUGACGACGUAAGCGAAAAGCGCAAUAGCCUGUCUUAUGUAAUUAUAAAUCCCAGUUGCGAUCUUAAUUUGCAAGAAGGCGACAUAAUAUAUCUCGUCCGACCAUCACCAUUCUCCGCACAAAAAACCUUCGAGCGUCAUAACAGCCGGCGUAAAUCAAAUAUUAGUUUCUGCUCUCAAGCUUUGAUACAAGCUCAAAGUGUGGCCAGUAGGAGGGGAUCAGGUAUCGGACCGAGCUUUUCACAACCGCGUGCACCUCUCUCUACUACUAAAGCCAAUUCGUUAUCUUUACCCGACAGUCCAACCAUCAUUACAGACUUCAGAGGCCGAUCAAAUUCACUCCGCGUCGUCGAUGACAUUCUGUUACGACGUUCAAAUUCUUUACGUCAGGGUCUCAGCGGCGUUGGUUCUCGACGACGAAAAAGCAGCCUCGAAGAGAUAGGCAUAUCACAUUUCAAUUCUUUGCUGCAGCACCAACAACAACAGCAACAGCAAGAUGCUAUAAAGAUAGCUCUCAAUGGCAGCAUCGGUUUGGAAGUGACACCGCCGGAGGAAAUGACAGACCGUAUGCUAGGUUCGAGCAUGCAACUGGGCGGGUAUCAAGACGUCGCAGCUGCUCUGCCUUCCACGUCGAUGGGGUCUUCCCUGACUGCGCCGCCAACCCCGGACCCGCAGCAAUUACAAGGAACCAUCGUAUGAUACCAUCUUAUGUGGGGACGACGACUCAGUUCCGUUAUUAGAAACAAGUGGACUUAGAAUUUUAGACUGGAGAGUUUAUUCCUUCAUUAAAAUAUUUAAUAUUAGCUACGUCCACUUUAUAUCGGAACUCGUUACUAUCUUGUAGCGUCUCUACUUGUUACGUAGUAGUAUACGUGCAACUUUUAUGAACUUAAAAACUGUAUUAACUAAAUGGUGGUGUGUAACUGUACGGAAAAAAGAGCUGUGUAAUUUAAGCGGGAUCAAUUAGUUCAUAGUUAAGGGGGGUAUAAUAAUAAAGUCGGCGUAACUUAGGAUGUAAAUAUCAAAAUUUUAACUACACAACUAUGUAUAUGGGUCUGUAUAUAUCAACAAUUGAAUAAAUAACGUUUACACAUACCUAUAUAAAAUGUAUAUAACUAUACAUAUAUUAGAAAUUAAUUCAAAUAAAACAUUAUAUAUACAUUAGUUAAUAUAUAAAAAGUAAAUAUUAUAGUAGGUAUCUAUCUUACAACUGAUUACUCUAGAUUUUAUUGACCAAAAUUACAUAUAAUAUGUAUAGCGUUUUUAACUAAAGAUUUGAGUCCGUAUAAAAAACGAAAUAGAAAAUACUUAUCUAUUGUUAGACACGUUCAUAAUUUGUAAACUUUAACUCAUAUAGUAUCAAAACCUCGAUAUUAAAUCGUAUAGUCAACAACAAAA